CGCGGCUGCCUCCUCCGCGCCGCGUCCUCUGGCUCUCUCAGUCCUCGCGGCACGCCGUUGCCUCUCUCGCUGAGAACGUCCCGCGCCCGCAGCCGGCGCCGCACUCGGCGGCCAGCUCUUCGCGGCCAGCGCUCCGCACAGGGUCGCUCUCCGCGUGCCCGUCUCUGCCGCGGUCGCGGCCUCUCAGAGCUCCCGGGCGGGCCAUGGAGGCAGACGGGGCCGGCGAGCAGAUGAGACCGCUACUCACGCGGGGUCCUGAUGAAGAAGCUGUUGUGGAUCUUGGCAAAACUAGCUCAACUGUGAACACCAAGUUUGAAAAAGAAGAAUUAGAAAGUCAUCGAGCUGUAUAUGUUGGUGUUCAUGUACCAUUUAGUAAAGAGAGUCGUCGGCGUCACAAGCAUCGUGGGCACAAACAUCACCAUCGGAGAAGAAAGGACAAAGACUCAGAUAAAGAAGAUGGACGGGAGUCUCCGUCUUAUGACACACCAUCACAGAGGGUCCAGUUCAUCCUCGGGACUGAAGAUGACGAUGAGGAGCACAUUCCCCAUGACCUCUUCACAGAGAUGGACGAGCUCUGUUACAGAGAUGGGGAAGAGUACGAGUGGAAGGAGACGGCCAGGUGGCUGAAAUUUGAAGAGGACGUUGAAGAUGGUGGUGACCGAUGGAGUAAACCCUAUGUGGCAACUCUGUCUUUGCAUAGUCUCUUUGAACUGAGGAGUUGUAUCCUAAAUGGAACAGUUAUGCUGGAUAUGAGAGCAAGCACUCUUGACGAAAUAGCAGAUAUGGUGUUAGACAACAUGAUAGCCUCUGGCCAGUUAGAUGACUCCAUAAGGGAGAACGUCCGCGAAGCUCUUCUAAAGAGACAUCAUCAUCAAAAUGAGAAAAGGUUUACGAGUCGGAUUCCCCUGGUUCGAUCAUUUGCAGAUAUAGGCAAGAAACAUUCUGAUCCUCACUUGCUUGAAAGGAAUGGGGAAGGCCUGUCAGCCUCCCGCCAUUCUUUGCGAACAGGUCUGUCUGCCUCAAACCUUUCCUUGAGAGGAGAGUCACCUUUAUCCCUUCUUCUCAGUCAUCUUCUUCCUUCCUCAAGAGCUGCCACCCCUGCAGGCUCCAGGUGUACCACCCCAGUACCCACUCCCCAGAGCAGUCCUCCUUCCAGCCCCGGCUUCAGUCGCCUGGCCUCCAGAAGUUCCCAACAGACUCAGCCUCAGGCCCCAGAAGUACUGGUGACACCUGACAGGGAUGAUAUUCCCAGAGUAGUAAUUCAUCCGCCUGAGGAAGACAUAGAAGCACUCAAAGGCCAAGAGCAGAAGAAUGAGGAAAAUACUGACUUCACUCCAGGGAUUUUGGCCUCUCCACAGUCUGCUCCUGGAAACUUGGACAGUAGUAAAAGUGGUGAAAUGAAAGGUAACGGAAGUGGAGGAAGCAGAGAAAAUAGUACUGUUGACUUUAGCAAGGUUGACAUGAAUUUCAUGAGGAAAAUUCCUUCAGGAGCUGAGGCAUCCAAUGUCUUGGUAGGAGAAGUGGACUUCUUGGAGAGACCUAUCAUUGCAUUUGUGAGACUGGCUCCUGCAGUUCUUCUCUCAGGGUUGACUGAGGUCCCUGUGCCCACUAGGUUUUUGUUUCUGUUACUGGGCCCAGCAGGGAAGGCCCCACAAUACCAUGAAAUUGGCAGAUCCAUAGCAACUCUCAUGACAGAUGAGAUUUUUCAUGAUGUGGCUUAUAAAGCAAAAGAUCGAAAUGACCUCCUAUCUGGAAUUGAUGAAUUCUUAGAUCAAGUAACUGUCCUUCCUCCCGGAGAGUGGGACCCUUCCAUACGCAUAGAGCCACCAAAAAGUGUUCCUUCUCAGGAAAAAAGGAAGAUUCCUGUGUUUCCCAAUGGAUCUGCUCCAAUGUCUGCUGACCCUCCUAAGGAGGCGGAUCAUCAUGCUGGGCCUGAGCUGCAGAGGACUGGACGGCUUUUUGGUGGUUUGAUACUUGACAUCAAAAGGAAAGCACCUUUUUUCUUGAGUGACUUCAAGGAUGCAUUAAGUCUGCAGUGCCUGGCCUCGAUUCUUUUCCUAUACUGUGCCUGUAUGUCUCCUGUAAUCACUUUUGGAGGGCUGCUUGGAGAAGCUACAGAAGGCAGAAUAAGUGCAAUAGAAUCUCUUUUUGGAGCAUCAUUAACUGGGAUUGCCUAUUCACUGUUUGCUGGGCAACCUCUAACAAUACUGGGGAGCACAGGUCCAGUCCUAGUAUUUGAAAAAAUUUUAUUUAAAUUCUGUAGAGAUUAUCACCUUUCCUAUCUAUCAUUAAGAACCAGUAUUGGUCUGUGGACUUCUUUCUUGUGCAUUGUAUUGGUCGCAACAGAUGCAAGCAGCCUCGUUUGUUACAUUACUCGGUUCACAGAAGAAGCUUUUGCGGCUCUCAUUUGUAUCAUAUUCAUCUAUGAAGCUUUGGAGAAACUCUUUCACUUAGGAGAAAUAUAUGCAUUUAAUAUGCACAACAACUUGGAUGAAUUGACCAGUUACACAUGUGUAUGUGCUGAGCCAUCUAACCCUAGCAAUGAAACUCUAGAACUGUGGAAGAGAAAGAAUGUGACAGCAUACAGUAUUUCCUGGGGAAACCUUACGGUUUCUGAGUGUAAGACCUUCCAUGGUAUGUUUGUGGGAUCAGCUUGUGGGCCUCACGGGCCUUACGUUCCUGAUGUGCUCUUCUGGUGUGUCGUCCUGUUUUUCACGACAUUCUUUCUGUCUUCAUUCCUCAAGCAGUUUAAGACCAAGAGAUAUUUUCCUACCAAGGUACGAUCAACAAUCAGUGACUUUGCUGUAUUUCUCACAAUAGUAAUAAUGGUUGCAAUCGACUACCUUGUAGGAAUUCCAUCUCCUAAACUUCACGUUCCUGAAAAGUUUGAGCCUACUGAUCCAAGUAGGGGCUGGAUCAUAAGCCCUUUGGGAGAUAACCCUUGGUGGACCUUGCUGAUUGCAGCAGUGCCAGCUCUCCUCUGUACCAUUCUCAUCUUUAUGGAUCAGCAGAUCACGGCUGUAAUCAUCAACAGAAAAGAGCACAAGCUCAAGAAAGGAGCUGGCUAUCACCUUGACUUGCUCAUGGUUGGUGUCAUGUUGGGAGUUUGCUCUAUCAUGGGCCUGCCGUGGUUUGUGGCUGCAACAGUGUUGUCUAUAAGUCACGUCAACAGCUUAAAAGUAGAGUCUGAAUGUUCUGCUCCAGGGGAACAGCCCAAGUUUCUGGGGAUUCGUGAGCAGCGGGUUACAGGGCUCAUGAUUUUUAUCCUGAUGGGCCUCUCCGUGUUCAUGACUUCAGUACUAAAGUUUAUCCCAAUGCCAGUUCUGUACGGUGUUUUCCUUUAUAUGGGAGUUUCAUCACUGAAAGGAAUUCAGUUUUUUGACCGUAUCAAGUUAUUUGGAAUGCCUGCCAAGCACCAGCCGGACCUAAUCUACCUCCGCUAUGUCCCCCUGUGGAAGGUGCACGUGUUCACGGUCGUCCAGCUGACCUGCCUAGUCCUGCUGUGGGUGAUCAAAGCCUCUGCUGCUGCAGUAGUUUUUCCCAUGAUGGUUCUUGCAUUAGUCUUUGUGCGCAAGCUCAUGGAUCUGUGUUUCACAAAGAGAGAACUCAGUUGGCUUGAUGACCUCAUGCCAGAAAGUAAGAAAAAGAAAGAAGAUGACAAAAAGAAAAAAGAGAAAGAGGAAGCUGAGAGGAUGCUUCAGGAUGAUGAGGAUACCGUGCACCUUCCAUUUGAAAGAGGGAGUCUCCUACAAAUUCCAGUGAAAACCCUAAAAUAUAGUAUUGACCCUUCAGUUGUUAAUAUAUCAGAUGAAAUGGCCAAAACUGCCCAGUGGAAGGCACUUUCCAUGAAUACUGAGAAUGCCAAAGUAACCAGACCUAACACGAGCCCUGAAAAGCCUGUGAGUGUGACAAUAAAUUUCGAAGAUGAACCAUCAAAAAAAUACAUGGAUGCUGAAACUUCAUUGUAAAGUCAAACCAAAAGGAAUAUAUAGAGAUAUAUGCCUAUCUGUAUAUAUAUAUGCAUAUAUAUGUAUAAAAAGCACAUGUGCCAUGCCAUUAUGUAUAACAGUACUUUGGGGCUUUUUCAAGUAGCGUCAGAUGUUUGUUGUGAGCACCAGGGAGACUGCAUUAAUGAAGUAGUCUCUUAGAAGUGAGGUACACGGUUUUUUACUUCAGAUAUUUUUUUGGAGGGUAAAGCCUUUUGUUAUUCAAUAGAAAGAUGUGGAGAACUGUGUUCAAUCUGCUUUUCUUUAAUCUCUGUCAGUGGCAAUCAACCUUAUCAAUCUUCAGUGAUACAUACUUAGUCUAUAUACUUAAAAUUUUGACCUGAAUUUCAAAAGAUUUUUUCUUCCCUUUUGGUAGUGUUCAUAGGUAGAAUAAGGAAUCUGCCCAUGUGGUGGGGAAAGACGUGUCCUGGCUUCUCUGGAGUUUCUUCAUGUAACUGUCCAUCAUACUUCACAGGUGAUGAACAUAGAGGUGAUUAUAAGUUAAUGGAACUUUCUAAGAAGGAACUUUAUGUCUUAGGAGUUAAUUUUAAAUUUUAAAACUUUCAUAUCUGAGCUUCCAUUUUGAUGGACACAUUAAAAAUUUUUAUGCCACUUCUAAUUUAACAGUCACACAAGUCAUAAUGUUUUCAGUUUUAAAACCUAUGAAGUGCCCAUUUAUAGUGGUUAAACUUUGUUACCUUUGUUACUCAGUACUUGCCUAGAAACCAGAGUCCCACUGUCCUUUUUCUUUGUUUUUCUUUACUUAGGUGGUCUAGUGUUUCAGGGUCAGUUAUCUUUCUGUUGUAAGUAGUAAUAAAACGUCAGCACCCUUUCAGGUAGGCUUGUGAUCAGUGUUCCUUUAUAAGAAACCUUUCAUUUCUGUGCUUAUUCUUUCUGUUAUAUACAGUGUAUUUAAUUGGUUACUAUCCAUAAUUUCCUUUUAAAAUAUUUUAUUUAUUAUAAUUGAUAUGAUACUUAAAUAUAUAAAUAUUUGAGACAGUAACAAAUAUAGAGUAAACUGCUCCUGUUGUAAAUAUUUGGUGCUUACUUGCAUUUCUGUUUAUAUCCUGAAAGCAGGUGACAAGUUUCAUAUCCUUACUAUAAAGCACUGCCAUAUUUAUAUUUUAAAAGGAAGUUGGAUAUUUCCUGUACAGUUCAGAUCAAUGGCAUUUUUUUCUGUUCUGUGAUAGCAUUGAGUUUCUAGUAUUUCAGAGCUUUCUCUUAAACAUGUAGCAAAUAUUCAUAGCUCUCCACAGAAUAGGUAAAUGCCGUUUUAGCCUUUGGGACUGAAUGUUUGGGGCCGUGAAACUUGAUUUGGCAAAAGGAUAGAUAACGCAUAGAAAUGGUGAGAAACCCCAGAAACACCGAAGGUGAUGGAACGUGAAGGUUUGGGCAAACGUUUUAAGGAAAUUCUUAUGUUCUCUAGCCACUGCAGACUAAAUUUUAAAAGUAUGAAGAAACUGAUCUUAAAAUCAAGUGCAUAGAAUUGCCCAAAGUAGAUUAUUUUUAACAAGUUUGAAAUCAUGUUAGUUUAUUCUAAACAGUAUACAAAUUAAUGUGAUUCCCUCGUCUGAGAUCACAUAGUGAGAUUCUUAUUAAAAUAAUAGUUGGCAACAUCUGGUACUAUCUAAGGAGUACUAGUGGACUUCCUUAGCAUAUGAGGGGGAAUGUCGCCAUGGUGCUUAUGGUCAUAGGUGGCCUCCAUUGAAGCGGUUCCUUUUCACUCAGCAGCACAUUGAUUUCCAAAGUUUCCAUUUGCUGCUAAUUAUAAUCCCCUCCCCCACCCUUGAUGUACCCAACAAGACAAUUUCCUCACACCAUUUCCUUGUGUCAGGACAUCAAAGGGUUCAAUCUAUUUUACAGGAAGUGAUUUUAAAAUUGAACUGAAAACUACCUGUUAUCAUGAUCUUCCUUUGAUUUGUUUAUUUAUAUAUAUAUAUAUAUAUAUAUAUAUAUAUAUAUAUAUUACCCAGUGCCAGGAGAGAAAAGACUAUGACAUACAGAAUACUUUGCAUCUAAGAUGUUUCACUGUGGUUUUGGUUAUUAAUGGCUUCUGCUUUCUUUUGACUACUUGACUUAUAAAGAGAUCUGAUACGACUACUCCCCUGAAGAGCAGAGGUAAUUCACUGCUUCUUUCAGGUGGUUACAUUUCUUGUGCUAUUUUUGAAAAUAACAAUCAUGAAUAACAUUCAUUGCAAGACAGCAAGAGAGAUAAUUUAGUAUAUAUAUAUUGAUUUUUAAAUGCUGCCUUAAAUAGGUGUAUAUGAGUAGUAGUAAUUGCUAUGUACUGAUUUACCUCAAGGUGCAAAAUAAUUAAACUUGUACAUACCCAUUUACAGAAUAAGUUCAGAGACACAGCCCUGCACUUUCUUAGAUGCCUUGAUUUUCAGAUGGAGCUUAGUGCUACUGAACACCAUGGCCAUGGGGCCACCUCAGGACAUUCUUCCCUCCACCAUAUUUUAUUUAUUUAUAGAUGUGUGUUUACAAAGACUAUAAUGAAGCCUGGUGUUAACUAUCUGAUACUUAAUUCCUUUCUAUUGCUAUUUCAAUCUAAAGUAGAAGCUUUUGAGAAAACAGUAAACUAGCUUCCCAAUGCUAAAGGGGUGGUUCUCUCUAUAUAUUUUUUAAUAAUAUUAGAUAUGCAAAAGUGAAGUACAAGGUCUUUAAAAAUAUUGUGUGUGUUUGUGUAUGUGUAUGAAAUCACUCCUAACUCUCUUAACUUUUUAAAAACUCGUGGCAUACCAAUGUUCAGAUUUGCCAAGCUUUCUCUAAGACAUGUUCUAAGAUGAAAUGUUUUUGUGUGUUAAUGCAUGUAUUUAUAAAGAUUUGUUUACUGCUGAGAAUCACUAAUUCUUGUUUCCAUCCCCAAAAUGUAUGUUUCUUCCACAUACUGGAAGGCUUGGCUUGAGUAUAAGCUUUCUGGCUUUCCGGCUUUCCUGUCCCAAAGGCAGGAUCAAAAUUGUACAGAAAGAAGAAUGCUAUCUGGCAAUGCAGUGUGUGAGCCAGAGUUAGUCUUCUCAGUGCGCACGGCUCAGCACCUCUGCAUCUGUGUCCUGACCGAGUGCUCAGAGUGGGGUGUGUGAGCCAUUACUCGAGCAUUGUAAUUCAAAGAGUUGAUUUAACUAACUUACAUGUCUGAAAUUUAUUUAGGUAGGUUCCAUCAUUGUUACCAUUCGUAUUGCAGAUACAUGAAAGUAAAUUUAAAGACAAGUUACAUUCAACUUUUAAAAUAGUGUUCUAAUCAAAAGAUGUUAUCAUUUAAAUUGUAAGGUCUCUUUUAACUUUCUGCAAAGUAAAUUGUCAAAAGGAAUCAUGUAAAGAUUAUUUUAAAAUUUUAACCUGUAUGUACUUAGAGUGUAAGCCCAAGUUCUGUGGUUUCAAAUCAUUUUUUGCACAUUCAUUGUUUCUGUUCUGUAGCUUUUCUUUUGUUUCUUUGUUUAAGAUUUUUGACUUUGUAGGGAUAAGGUGUCUUCCAGUGUUUACUAUGUUAGGCUUAAAUUAAAAUUUAAAUUUAUCGUCCAUUUAUAUAAUAUUUGAUACCUGUGUAACUUCUCAAUACAGUUACAAUUUUUAUGACAUUUAUAAUUGCAAUGGUAUUUUCUUUUGUAAUAAAAUUCAAAGUCAAUUAAGCAAAUUGUAGACCUGAUAUUUUUCAUCUAUAUGAAGUGCAAGUCUCUACCUGAGUCUAUAAUGUGAACCAUCCUGCUUUUCACAUUUGUUUCCUAAUUGUUAGAGAAAACUAUUUUUUUGUAGAUGUUAUUGGAAGUUGAAAGAGCAAUAAAAGUCUACAUAGCAAGUCA